UCUUUUUUGACAUCACAUCUGACAGGAGAUCUUAAAGUCAAAAAUGUAGGUUCUCGAACACCCACGUCCAAAUUCCAAGUUGAACCCACGAAAUUAUUAGUGCGAGAUGGCUAAGCAGGUUGUGUGGACUCAGUGCAUCGAGAAGGAGAACUUCCUGCGCUUGAAAUGGUUCACGAAGAACGAAGAGCGUCUGAACGAGAUCGCGAACGCUCCGCUCGUGAGGACGGUACCGCAGGAAUUAAAGGAUGACAUGCGCGCUGGUCGCAUAUCAAGAUUCCAGAAUGUCGAUCGCAAAAAUGUCAAGAAACAGGACGAACAGAUGCCGUUUGGCCAUAUAGAUCCCAGGAUUCAUAAUGUGAUGCAACCUGUUGAUCCGAAAACUUUGAAAUUGUUGUACGCCGGCACUCAAAGAGAUGGACGUAAGAACUACUGGAACGCUAGAGUGAAAAUCAUCCCCGAAAAUCGGUACUACUUUCCGGAAACUUCGAGUUUCGAAUAUGGUUGGAAGAUGUGGAACGCAUCCAGAACAAUGGCCAAAUCGAGACACGGAAGGAGAGAAGUUAUAAGGGAGUUCUAUAGGAGAGCUGGUGUUGGAAGAGAUCCUGACUGGCAUAAGGAGCCUGCUAAACUGAGUCCAACAAUUUGUGGAUCGAUAUAACGUAUUUGUGUCUGUAGUUUUUUUUUAUAAAUGUCGGAGUAUGUGA